CCCUCCCUCGCGUACCAUGUCGACCGUCCCUGCAACGCCGCGUUCGCGGACCACGGCAACACCAGCAACACCAACCGCGCGUUUAAAUGCAUCUACGAUACACCAGUCCUCACCGCAUUAUACCACUACACGUCGACAUUCUUUGUACGGCACCGAGGACCGUGUCGUGAUUGACCCUGGUUCGAGGAUAUGGAAGAUUGGAUUCAGCGGGGAAGGGCGCCCAAGGGAUGUAUUCUACGCUUGCGAUGAAGCGGAGAGGGAUACGAGGAGCACUGGGACGCUGUGGACGCUAGAUAGGGCUGCAGACAUGGAGGAGAGGGAGGAAGAGGAGAGGACGCUAGAAGCGAAGCUGCAGGAGCGACUCAGGAGCGUCUUCCACGAUUCGCUCAUGACAGAACCGAAAUCGCGCAAGAUCAUCGUAGUCGAGCACCCCUUGCUUCCGCUCUACAUUAAGGAGAUGCUUGCGCGCGUCUUGUUCAAGAACCUUCAGGUUCCUUCGAUAUCGUUCGCCCCAAGUUCGCUAUUAGCGCUCUUAGCCGCAGGCCGUAUUACAGGACUCGUUCUUGACUCCGGUCACCUCGAGUCGACCGUUCUACCCAUAUUCGCCGCACGUCCCCUUUUCCCUCACCUUCGUACCACGCCUCUUGCUGGCUCUCGACUGUCCUCCCACCUCCGUGCGCUUCUCCUCUUGUUUGGGACCUACCUUCCUCCUCCAACCUCAUUAUCCGCUGCCGCCAAUAUACCCGCCGCCAGUCGCUCCACUCGAGUGCCCGAAGAAGUACUGUCUGGCCAUGUCAUCGAGGAGAUCAAAACCCGAGCCUGCUUGGUAGCGUCUCCAAUUCCCAAAGAAAGAGACACGCCGGGUGGAGACACGAGAGUUACCUCUCCCGGGAGCGAGUCGAUGGAUCUGGACGCUCCGCCCAGCAGCGACAUUACGCCGUCCGAGUCUGGCUACUCGCUGUCGCAAUCGCAGUCCCGGGCGCAAUCACGAGCCUCGACAUCGAUGGGCAUGUACUCCCAAGACGCCUAUUCGUCCGUUGUUGCACAUCCCACCGGUGUGACCACCCGUCCACGGCCGGCCGAAAACCACCUUCAAGCACUGUCCUCCCUCUAUACCCGCUACUCCACCGCCACUGAUCUUCGCAUACCCGUAAACCCGCCUUCGUCUCAGAGUACUGGCACAGGCCGCGGGACGCUCGUGGUACCAGGGUGGAUCAGGGAGCGGGCUGCGGAGGUACUUUUCGACGGCGGGGACGUGGACGAGGGCAGCGUGGCGGAAAUCAUAUUAGAUUCUUUGCUCAAGGCAUGUUUUGUUCCUGUCGACCUCCGCAAAACGAUGGCCUCUUCCAUCCUCGUCGUGGGGGGUACUCCCAUGCUUCCCGGAUUCAUACCUCGGCUCCACGCAGAACUCGUCCGAGCCGUCUCCGAUCACGCUUCUGAACCGCCGACGCAUCAGAAUCGUCGCGGUCGGCCCGCUCUGCCUACAUACGACCGAUACGCGCCCCUUCGCCCGCUCCUGCCCUACUUUGCCAUCCUUAACAACCCCAGCCCCCCCGCGCCGUCCGAAGGCAGCGCGACCGUGAACGCGGGGAAGGCGCCCGCGUUUGCGCCGGCAACCAUGGCCUGGGUCGGCGGCUCGCUGGCCGGUUCGCUCAAGACGGGCGGGAUGGAGGUCCCGCGUGAGCGGUGGGAUGAGUCCGACCCGUCGCUGGACCGGGGUCUAAUGUCGAUGGAGGAGGACGGGACCGUCGCGGUGGUGGGCAAGAGCGUGAUCCCGGACUGGACAAGGACCAGUUUGCCAGCCGGGGCGCCGAGUGCGAGGGCACCGCAUCCUAGUUUGGAGAUACAAAGCCCGUCACCGCCUGGAAUAACAGUGGUGGGGGCCUAGUCGUGAUGCGGAAUCACAGUGAAGCUAUCUCUUGUUGUGCCUGCGAUUGUGAUGCCAGCAAUGUAAAUCAUC